AUGUUCCAGUUUACCUUCUACGCAUGUCAACUGAUUCAGCAUAUUCUUUUGCUCAUCAAUAGUUCCGGUUUCAUCUUUUACUUAUUUAUUUAUGUAAAGGGUUCGUUCGUAAAUUUUUGUCUUUCUUUUUUCCUUUUUUCUUACUUUCGUUCUGAAUUAAUCAUUCAUUCGUCUUUCUUUUUUUAUCAUUUCAUUCUUUCUUUCUACACGCAUUCGCCAUUCUGUUUAAUUCAUUCAUUCUUUUUUUUUAUCUUUCAGAUUUCAUUUAAUUCUCAUUCAUUUUCACGUGAGUUUUCAUUGAUUUUUUCACAUAUUUGUGUAUCUUUACUUGUUCUCUCUUUUCUCCCUCUCUCUCUCUCUCUCUCUCUCUCUCUCCCUCUCUUUCUCCUUCUCCCCCUUUCCACACGCGAAAGCGCUUUUAUUCUUUCACAUUCUCUUUCCUUUUUCUAUUUCUUUGACCUCCUCUCUUUAUAUCUUCAUUGCCUCUUUUUUCAUCUGUUUAAUCUUUCUUCUUACCCCAUUUGUCAUCCUCUUUCUUCUUUCAACUCUCCUUUUUUUGGAUCUUCUUUGAUCUUUUUUUCUCUUUUCACUCUCACUCUCUCUCACUCUACACACUCUCUCUCUCUCUCUCUCUCUCUCUCUCUCUCUCUCUCUAGCUGUUAUUUUUCUUUUCUUUCUUGUCGCCUUCUUUAA